AUGACACGCCUUGAGAUACCUUUCGAUGAAGAGGAUGUUUCCCAGUGGACAUAUAUGAGCGUUAGAUCCCAUGUGGAGAGCGCCAAAAAGAAACUGAAGGCUUUCUAUCUGAACUUCUUUGGCUGGUCAGAAGAAGAGUACCAGGAAGCAAAAGGACAUACUUCUGGUGAGAUCCUCAAGUACUUUGAUCGAUCUAAGAAGUUUCCUACUACUGGACGUGAGGCCAGACUACGACACACAGUACAAACGAAUUUAGUUCGAGACUGGCCCGAUCUAUUCGUCAAUAGACACGGUCCAAAUCCUCCUGCUUGGUUUGACAUGGAGCUUGUUAGCCGGCCUCCCACAAACACGGAGAUAUACAACUCGAAGAACGUGGUUCAGCAGUUCAUUGCGCUUACCCGACACUCAAGUCAUAUUACUCGUCAGUAUCAAUCAAAGCGUAAAAGGUAUGCAGACGAGGAUGAUGACGAUAAUAAUGAUGACGACAAUCCAAACAACGACGACGAUGCCAACGGAAACCGGUUGCGGAACAAGCAGCCACGAACUUCCUGGCUAGACAGAACCACCUCAUUCCCAACCAUCACCUCUUUAUCCGUGGCUCCACGCCAGCCUACUACAAGCGUAGACUCUCGCGUGGGAGGCAACAGACUGGCACAUGGAAGCUGCUCAUACUCUAGUGGACAAGACAACUCUUCCACUAGUGCUGCCGCUGAGCAAGCUAGCAAUACCGGAGUGAAAACCACGGUCCGCCUCGUUCUCUACAUGACGCGUGUCACAAUCGUCAACCAGAGCCUCCAUCUAGAACGCGAUAGAUUCGCUCUCGUCGACAACCUUUUUGAGAAUGAUCACCUUGUAGAGCCACGUCUCCAUGAACUCGUCUUUGGCAACCCCAUGGAUAAUAAGCCCACAUUUCUUUGGUUCUUUGACGACACUUCUGAUGACGAACCGCGAAGCAUAAGAAAUAGACCCAGCGCUGAAACAGCGAUCGUCAUGCUGAGAGCGUGGGCGGAAAGACUGGGAGCUAGCGGCAUACAAAUAUUUGAUGCUCUCGAUUAUGACACAGCAGCAUUGGUGCCUGCUCAUGAGGUCACUCGUAGAGACAAAUUUGUGCAGCGAGCAAGCUUUGAACUGGAACUCGAAGACAAUGGCGACCUUGACGAUGACAACGAGGACGACGGAGGAGCGGAGAGAGGAUUUGAAGCAGCUGCUGCUGAUAGGUCAAGAGACCUAGAUCUUCAGUGCGAAGAUGAGGCUAUCCAGGGAGCACCAGACAGUGAACCCAACAAGCAACAGUAUCAGCAGCAGGUCAAGAUGGAGAAUGAAACUUCUGCAGACGAGACACGGGCGAAUGGCUCUGCUUUGAACGCAGGGUUCGAGGACAGUGAUUUGCUCCAAGGCUCGACUCGACCAGAUAACAAGGUGUAG